GACAUUAGAAUGUUAGAAAAUAUACACGGCUGAUUGGCUGUAGCAAGGACUACCUCAGAAUAGCAAGUGUUCUUCUUGGAAUCAUUCACAAGCAAGGGCAGAGAAGAAGCUGUAGCUAAAAUCAGUCCAACGCAACAGGAGCUUCAAGAACAACAGCCCAAAAAUGCUAUCCUAACUGUGUGGGGAAAGAAAGCACAUGUUUUCAAGAAGGCCUCUUUAUUGUUAGGAGUUUCCCUUCAAGAUGACAAGUGGCACGAACUCUUCAGAAUCUGGCUUGUCCUCAAAAAAGCAGAUUAUUGCAUCUGUUCUCACAGAAAUUCUAAAAUAAAUGACAACUACUUGAAAGAAUUGAAUGAGGACUUAAAGAUAAGGAAGCAGGAGCUUCUAGAGAUGCUGAAACCUCUGGAAGACAAGAACAAUCUCUUAUUGAAGAAGGUAAUGGCUAACUUGGAGGACAAACAAAAGAGUCUGCAGAUCAUGAGGCAGAUCAUGGCAGGGAGGGGCUGUGAUGAAUCUUUAGUCAUGGAGCUCAUUACGGAACCAGAGGAGAUGAAACAGAACCUGACAAUUGAGUCAGAAGAGCUCCGUGAUCAACAGAAAGCAUUACCAACAAAGUCCAAGGCAGACAUGCAAGACGGAAAGGCUCAGAAAUCCCCCUUAUCAGUUUGGAAGACCAAGAGUGAGCCAGAGACAUCAGAUGUCCACAAAGUGGAAGACAUGAGGAAGGAAAAGCAUCAGAGGAAAAUAAAAUGGGUCAAAUAUGAGGAACAACCCAACAUCCUUCAGAAUGGCUUUCCUGACAAAGUGAUUGAGCUGAAAAUUGAUGCCUUGAGGAACUACCAGAAGACCAAUGACUUUAAAUUAUCACUGCACCUACAACACAAUCUUGAGCCAAAGCAAGGAGCUUUGAAUCUUCUGAGGUCUCAAGGUGGGGAGUGUAUCAGAGGUAAAAUGGGUACUACAACUACACCGAGAACAACAAGCAACAGAAAUGAACUUGAUAUGAGAAUCCCAGGAUCAAAGAAUUACACAGAACAACGAGGAGGAACUGGAGAAAGUCAGAAUGAUGAUGUAGGACAGAGGCUCUUUUUUCUGACGUCAACGCCAGACGAAGCGCUGAAGGAUUAGAAGGCUUUCACUACAUUUGCUUUGGACGGAUUUGAAGACUAGGCACAGCCUUUCUGUUCACUAAAAUCUCUCAAGCCUUUAUUUUAGUUCUGUUCUUCCAUUUUACCACCAAGCCGGGGAAGAGAUGUUGCGCAUUUUGGCCCUAAGCAUGUUGGGACUCGAGUACAGGUAUUAUAAUUAGCCACUAAUUAUGUUGGUAAAUUUUGGGUGAAAUGA